AUGCCGUUCUUGAAAUCCGUCACGCAGCUUCUCUGUCUGGCGAAGAUAGCCAGCGGUGUUGUCGUUAGAUCCAGCGGCGAUACGGCAACCGACACUCCAAUGGUCGAUCUCGGGUACGCAUCGUAUCGUGGCACCCGACUCCCAGCCGGAGUCGAUCAGUUCUUGGGCAUGCGAUAUGCCAGGGCUCCAUUGGGAGACCUCAGGUUUAGAUCCCCCCAGCAGCCCGAACCAGUGACUGGAUUGCAAGACGCAUCCCAGUUUGGCCCGUUGUGUCUCGGUACAGGCCAGCCAGUAGGUUCGGGCUACGAUGAAGACUGUCUAUAUGUCAACGUUUUCAAGCCUUCCAAUGCAACUUCGGAUUCCAAACUCCCCGUCUGGGUAUACAUCCAGGGUGGUGGAUACGCAGCCAUGGGAAAUCCCAACUACAAUGGCACAGAAGUCGUUAGUUAUUCGGGUGGCAAUAUCGUCCAGAUUAAUUUCAACUACCGCGUGGGCGUGCUGGGAUUCCUUGCCAGUGAUGAGGUCAGGGAGGAUGGGAAUUUGAAUGUUGGGCUCUUGGACCAACAGUUUCUACUUAGCUGGGUGAAAGAACAUGUUAGCAAGUUUGGUGGCGACCCAAAUCACGUUGUUAUCAGCGGUUCAUCAGCAGGUGGAGGAUCUGUAUCACAUCACCUGACAGCAUAUGGAGGCAAAGACCAUCAUCGGCACUUUAUUGGAGCGGUCCUUGAAAGCCCAUUCUGGCCUACGCUACGAACUGUGGAAGAUAUGGAAUGGCAAUACACCAGGCUACUCAAUAUGACUAACUGCUCGUCCCUAAGUUGUCUUCGAGAGAUGAACGCUUCCGCUCUCCAGGCACAAAGUUAUGGGACUGUGUUUCCUGGAACACAACCCACAGACCCAUUUCCACUUUUCUAUUGGCUCCCUGUCAUUGACGGCGACUUUAUUCCCGACCAGCUCUAUAACCUCUUCGAAGAGGGCCGUUUCGCAGAUGUACCAAUACUCCUCGGCCAUACCACAAAUGAAGGCUCAUGGUUUGCGAAUAAUGCCUCAAGUGCUGCAGAAGUCUCUGCCUUCUUACGCAGCAAUUACCCACAUCUUACAAACUUUCAACUAGACACUAUCAAUCAGUUCUACCCAAAGAUGGACCCCUUGCCUGAGCAUAACGCAUACUUUCCAAGUGCUUCGGCUGCGUAUGGUGACGCUACCUUUACCUGCCCAUCAAGUAUGAUGGCACGCUCCGUAGCACAGCUCUGGGAUCCGGAGCGCGUAUGGGGUUACUGGUUUAAUGUAAUUGAUGCCGGUGAUACAGCUGCUGGAGUUGGAGUCUUCCAUACCAUGGAGGUACAAGCCGUUUUUGGACCAGGACAAACAGGAUGGACCGUUUCGUCUUUUUACAAUGACAAUGCGCCCAUUGUCCCCAUUACCAUGGGCUACUGGGUGAGCUUUGUACGGAACCUCAAUCCAAACUCUUAUAAAGCAGAUGGAGCACCAACAUGGGAACCAUGGGGCAAUGGAGACGGACGUCAGAUUCGGUUGCAGACCAAUAAUACUGCAAUGGUAGACAUCACGGACAGCCAAGUAGAGAAAUGCUGGCUAUGGCAGUCUCUUGCCCCGAUCAUGGAGGUCUAA